AUGUCUGUGUCUGUGUCUCUGUGGUGUGAGGAGGAACAGGGCCAGGCCAGGGGCCAGUCACAGCUCCGGGCCCCCUGGGACCCCAGUGUGUCUGGGCAGCGGAUCAUCCAGAGGCUGCUACAGGUGGAGGAGAGAUAUCUGCCCUCCGCCCUCUACGUCGCCCUCAUCCAGAGAGAGCCGGAGCGCAGAGAGGAGCUCGCCAAGUGGGCUAUGGAAGUAUGCUGUGAGCGUGGCUGUGACGAAACAGUGUUUCCCCUGUCUGUCUCUAUGUUGGACCGCUUCCUGUCUGCCUCCCUGUCUCUCCCUGUUUCCCCCUACUGCCUGGCUGCAGCCUGCAUCCUCAUCGCCUCCAAACUAACAGAAUGUGACACAAUCUCUGCUGACUCUCUUUGUGCUGCAGCUGAGUACAGCUUCCUGCCCUCCAACAUACGGGAGAUGGAACGUGUCAUCCUUGCGACUCUUCGAUGGGACGUUGCUGCGGUAACUGCUCAGGACUUCAUUCCACAUUUCCUUCCUCCUGUAGGGGAGAGGAAGGAUGGAAAGGCAGACACAGAGGAGUUAUUCUCCACACUGCGUCGGCAUAGUGACACCCUGGUUGCCAUGUGUGUCUGUGACUACCGUUUCCUGGGAGCCCCUCCAUCCCUGGUUGCUGCGGCAGCGCUGAACUCUGCCCUCCGGGGUUUGGGCAACAAGGGUCCAGGUCAUCUGGGUCAUAUGAGUGCUACACUGGCAGAACUGUGUCAGACUGACCUGAUGGUGUUGCAGUGUUACAGUGAAUUGAUAGAAGCUGCCCUCAAACAACGGCUCAGAGGUGGACUCCAAGACAGUGCCAUGGAGAAGGAUGGAGAAGUAGAGGAUGAAAGAGCAGGCACUCCUACUGAUAUGAGAGAGAUUGAUUUCUAAACACUAAAUUGUGUAAGGCAAAGUGCGAAUCAAUCAAAGUCCUGCAUGUAGCUCAUCAGUGAAACUGAUAUAAACUCUUUAUGACCUCAAAUGCUCUACAAUUUAUUAUAUUUUGAAAUUACUUUAAUUUAAUAUUGUUUAUUUAUUCAUUGUGU